AUGAAGUUCGCAUCGAUCAUUACCGCCCUCGUGGCGCUCGCCUCGUCGGCUGUUGUCGCCUCUCCCCUCGUCAAGCGUCUCCCGUCUGGCUCCGACCCAGCCCUGUCGACCCCUCAGGCCGUCCUCGACGCCGGUCUCUUCUGCCAGAACGGCUCGCCCUCCGCCCAGAACAAGCCCAUCCUCCUCGUCCCCGGCACCGGUGUUGACGGCCGUCAGAACUUCGACUCGAACUGGAUCCCCCUCUCCACCAUGCUCGGCUACUCGCCUUGCUGGGUCUCUCCUCCUCCCUUUAUGCUCAACGACUCGCAGAUCAACGCCGAGUACGUCGUCAAUGCUGUGCGAAGGCUCUACGCCGGCUCAGGCUCUACCAAGCUCCCCGUGCUCACCUGGUCGCAGGGCGGUCUGGUGACCCAGUGGGCGCUCACCUUCUUCCCCAGCACCCGCAACCAGAUCGACCGCCUCGUCGCCUUCGUCCCCGACUACAAGGGAACCGUCAACGCUUACCCUCUCACUGCCACCGACACUGCCAGCCCUUCCAUCUGGCAGCAGCGCGCCGGAUCCGCCUUCACCACCGCCCUCCGCAACGCUGGCGGUCUGAACAAGAUCGUACCCACCACCAACACCUACUCGGCGACCGACGAGAUCGUCCAGCCCCAGAUCACCAACAGCCCUAUCGACUCGAGCUUCCUCUUCAACGCCAAGAACAUUCAGUCCCAGUCCGUGUGCGGGCCCGCGUUCGUGGCUGACCAUGCCCAGUCGCUCGUCAACCAGUUUGCCUACGUCGUCGGCCGAAGCGCGCUCAGGAGCUCCACCGGUCAGGCGCAGAGCAGCGACUACAGCAUCGCCGACUGCAACCCCUUGCCCGCCGACCCCCUCACCCCGCAGCAGAAGGCAGAGUCGAGCACUCUUCUGUUGGUCGCGGCCGCCAACGUUGCCGCCGGUCCCAAGACCAACUGCGAGCCCGACCUCAAGCCCUACGCUCGACCUUUCGCUCCCGGCAGCCAGACGUGCUCCGGCUUCACCACCUUCUAA